UUUUGUUUUUCAACAACAGUUUCUAGAGGCAUUUUCUUCUCUGAUCACUUACCAUUUAGUAGAUCGAUUGAAUCCAACCGUUGGGCGAAGGAAUAGCGAAAGCACAGACUACAAUGGCCAUCGACACAGUCCCUCCCCUCAUCGGCGCGCAGCUCAAUUAUCUCCUCACUCACUCCCCUGUCUCCAUCAAGGUUGAACAGAUGUGGUCUGGUUCUAAGCACCAUGGCUUGCUCGAUCGAUUCACCUUACUCAUCCCCUUCUGCCUCGAUUUUAUCAAAUGGGAUGUUAUAUACAACGGACAGUAUCCAUUGUUGGCACCAGAUAUCAUUUUUGGACCUGAUGAUGAAACUUUUCGUCCAUUUCACUCUGCCGGUGAAGAAGGGGAUUUGAAGUCUCCAAAGAGCAGUUUGAGUGAUUGGAACAACAAAGACCAUACUCGACUACUGUCUCUCAUUCUUGAACUUAGGGAAUUAUAUAUGGCUUACCAAAGGAAGCGUGUAGGAGACGUGGACGACGAUAGACUAAAAUUUGAACUUAGCACUAUGGUAUCAAGGAAGGGAAUUGAAAUGUGUAUGAGCUCAGGUGUUGAAAAGCCAGAAGAGGUAAAGUUUGCAGUGCCUUUACUGGAAAUAGAUAUAAACAAAAUGGUCAUUGGGUGCACCUGGCGACAUCAGCAAAAGAUAUAUUUACAGGCCAUAUAUCCUGUGGGCAGAAAGUAUUCAUCUGUCCCUUCGGCACCACGCCUAAAAUUGGUAGCUUCUUCUGAGUUGAAGGCUCUAUUUUCAAUCGAAGAUUUCAAGCUUCCUCCAUGGUUGGAUGGAAUGUGUAUGGCUGAAUAUCUUCCCAACUUAGAGGAGAUGCUAGCAUCACAGAUUGGAGAUGCAGUUUCACUUAUUGAAGCUAGAAGGAAGUUUAUUGAGGCAUUAGCUCCUCAUUUUGGAAGGCCCGUAGAAGCUGAUCCGGUUUUUUGCAGAAAGGCAACAUUUCUGGCUGCCUCAGGAUUGUUUUCGUUUCUGGUGCAUUUUUCCCUUCCACUACAGUUCCCCAAGCAACAACCACUUCUGAUGCUUCAGAGUUCUCAGCAUUUUAGUUACCAUGGUAUGCCCAUCAAGUCACCUAUUUUGACAGAUUUUCCCUGGAGUCCCAGAUGGGAAGCAUCAGAAAUGGCUGAACGGUUCUUUGAUUAUCUUGUGGAAGAAUGUUUGAACUUCAAGAAGUACUGCAAUGAGAAUAUGCUUCAGCAACGAUAGUGCCCCGUCUUGGGAAGGUCAUUAAUGUUCCUUGAGUUCGCCCUCAUCAGUACAGCGAUGUAAUAUUGUUUUAUUUGAGCUAUAUGGUUUUAUUUGUUGAUAUGGUUGCGAAUUUCAUUUACUUUAUGUGAUGUUGCUGCUUCAAAAUCACAGUGAGCACGAACCAUGUUCUCGACAUUGUAAUAUAUCCCCGCAAAAAAGGUUAUGGAGCAUGGUAAACCGACUUUUGUGUUGAGGAAAAGUAAUUCUGGGGAAUUUACAAGAUUACAACCAAAUUGGGUAUGUUAUGAUGGAUGAUGAUGAUGUUUUUUUUUUUUUUUUUUUUUUUUUUUUUAAACAAUUAUGUUGUGAUGAUGUUGGUAACUGGUAUGCUUUUAGGAAGAAUUUGUGUAACGUCAAGAUGCAUUUGCUCCAGCAGAUUUGUAAAGUAACCUACCAACUAAAGAAUCAUAAUAAUUUUUUUUUCUUAAGCAAUAUAUGGAUUGUUGUUCGUGGA